UUCAUGCCACAAUUGAUAUUCUUCAAUUAAUUCGUUUAUGACAAACAAUAUUUGCUACCCAUCUUUAAAAUUGAAUAAAAAAUAGUAUCACUUGAAUAUUUAGUUGUGUACUUGGUUAUUUUAGAUCAUGUGUAAUAUACAAAUGAAAUUGAAAAAUUGGAUUAAAUUAAUCAAAUCCGGAAAUUUUGAGAAUAUAAUAGAAGAUAUUAUGACUAAUAAUUAUUUCCAAUCAGAUGGAAAUUCAAUAAUAUCUAACAAAGAUCUAUUUAAAUUAAUAUUACAUUUAGCUCAUGCAGCAAAUGAUUGUGAUAAACAGAAAUACAAAGAAGGUAGAGAUAUUGGAAAUUUAGCAUCUUUGUUAUGUUCCAAUUUAUCAACGAUACCUGAUAAUGAAAGAUUUACCUCAAGUUUAUAUCACAUAAUACGCUGUCUAUUACGAAUGAAUUUAUAUGAAGAAGCUGAAAAUCUAUCUUCAUAUUUAAUUCGAGAUAACUUUGAAUGCAUUGAAGAUAAAAUCAAUGAAAUUUUUCGACAAUUAACAUAUUUGUGGCAUGAAUCUGCAGAAAAAGAGUUAUUAAGCUUGCAACGACAGCCAAAUCAUAGAAAACAUUAUGAUCGAUAUAAAAAUGCCAUCAAAUAUGAAUUAUUAAUAACAAAAAAAUCGUAUAAAAAUCUUGCAAGACAUUUUAUUAUAAAAUUAAGCGUAUAUCUGAGAAAACUUAUAGCAAUUAAAAAUAUAUCAAAUGAAUACAUCAAUGAUUUUAUUAAAUAUAUAAUUAAUGAAGAUUAUGAACACAUGUCGAUAAAUAAAAAUGAUAAACAUAAAAUUUAUUCUUCUAUAUUAAACAUCAUUGGUAAAUUAAUCUGCACGAAUAUUAAUGACGGUGAUAAAAAGUUUUUAAUGCAUAUUUUAGAAGAUGAAUCAAAAUAUUUUAAGAAUAUGAUAUUUGAUGAUUGUUACCAAAGUUUUUUACAUUUUAAAACUACAUGUAUUACAUUGUUACAACCGGAUGAAGAAUUAACAGAAUCCACUUCUAAACAUAUGGAAAGACUCACGAGCCAAUACAUUGAUAUUGUUAAAAGAUGUGGAUAUACAGAUACAGUUAUGAUUACAGCAUCAUUUUUUGUUGAAAUAUUUCAAUAUGUAUUUUUAUAUUGGGAAAAUAAUUUAACAUUAGGGAAAAUACAAUUUUUAAAAACUAAUAUUUUAUAUGAAACCAUGAAGUUAGUAGAUCAGAUAAGUAAAACUUUAAUAAAAACAGUAAUAGAAAAUUGUAUAUGUUGUUCUAAAAAAUGUACAAUUAAAAAAGAUUUAUAUAAUUAUAUAAUAUUGAAAGCUAAAUGUACAAUAUUAGUUACCAAACUAUCUAUAAAGGAUUUACCAGAAAAUAUAUUGCAACUUAUAAACAGAUUUAUGGAGGAAAAUAUAAUUUAUCUCAAAAAAAUAAAAGAAAGUAAUUGCGGACAUUGGACAACCUUAUGGUCUUUAUGUGGAAGAUUACUUUAUAAUAUGGGAUCAACAUUUGAAUCAUUUUACGAUACAAGUACUUUCUUUAUUUCAUUACUAUGCUCCAGUAUUAUUUAUUUUGAAGGAAUGCAUUGUAAAAAUUCACCUUUAAACAUUCAAAAUCCUCUUUGCGUUGCAUUAUAUAGAUUAAGUAAUAUUCAUUAUAAAAAGGCUAUGUAUAGGGAAGCAAUGACUGUAUCAGCAUUACAUGGAUUAUUAAGUUAUACUGAUAAGAAUUCAAAGGCAUUUAAAAUAUGGACGAGUAUUAAAUAUAAAAUAGCACAAACUUCUUCUAAUUUUAUAAAUAUAUCUAUGGUAUCAUGUUUGCGAACUGAUAGAAUAAUGAUUGAAGACAUUGGUAUCCAUAUUGAUUUAUCUAAGUAUGAUCUUAUAGAAUUGUGUUUAACAGAAGCAAUGGCUUUGAAAGAUGCAAAACUUAAUCUUAUUGAAGCAUUUAAUUCUCUGUUAAACGAAUUAAAAAUUUUAAAAGCUAACAUUAUACAGCGCACAUGUUUCAUGCAAUUGUUCGGAUAUCAUUUGUUGCAUAUAAAAGAAAAUUAUACAUCUGAUAUAUUCAAAAAUACUCUUUUUGAAUUAGAAUUAUUAAAAGAUAAAUCUAUCAAUAUUUUAUGUUUAAAAGCAAAUUUGCAAUUUUUUAUAUAUGUAAAUGAAUUGCGUAUCUCCAAUGAAUGUACACGAAUAGAAAUGGAUAAUGCAGAAUUUGCUUUGAAAGCUCCUAAAUUAUCGGAUAAUCAAGGAACUUACAUAAUACCAGCAUAUUCCAAAAUAAAUAUCAAAGAAGAUUUACGUCUUAUGAAAUUUUUAAAACAAUCAUUAAAAACAUGGGAUGAGAUUGAACCAAAUAUUAUUGAUGUAACUCAAAGUUGGGAACCAUUAUUGACAUUGUAUAUAUUGAUUAUAGCUGCUGAGUACUGUAGACUGUAUCGUUAUGAAAAUUGUGAAUCUAAAGCAUGGAAUCUUGCAAGUAAAUUGUCAAUCGAAUUGAACAAUAACGAUAUAUUCGUUUAUGUUACUGGUCGUAGCCUUUCUUUACGUCAAAUAAAUAACGAAUGGAUUGCUCAGGCUAAGGAAUAUGCUAAUAAUUUAAAAGAUUCCGGCAAUGAAACUAAAUCUCAUAUAAUUGCUGUGUUUUGGAUCAGUCUGGCAGAUUUUUACUUUGAAUUUGGCGAAUAUUCGAUAGCUACAAAAUUACUAGACGAUGCUAGAUCUUUACCAGGAAUUACGUUUCAAAAUAACACUGCUGUAUAUUUAUACAGUUUAGAUACAAUCCUUCGUAAUUAUAAUCUUUACAAAAAAAACGUGGAACAAGAGGAAUAUACUUCGUAUAUUAUUGAAAGUCUUUACUCUUUGAUAUGUUUAAAAGAUAGUUUGGCUUCAAUCAAAUGGAUGAAUCCAGAUAAUUAUCUUUGUAGUUACGACAUAUUAUUUUCAUCUACCAUUAAUAUGUCUGCAUUAAUAAACAGUUUAUUAUCAUUUCGAGAAAUUACUGCACAUUUAGUGGUACAAUUAAAAUUAGCACAAGCCUUAGGAGCAACCCUACGCACUGCAGAAAUAUUAAAAUCACUUUGUUUUAUUGAUUUAUCACGUUCACGUUUGGAUGAUUGCGAAGUGAAACUUCAAGGCCUUGAACACAUCUUAGAUACUGAAACUAUUAAACUUUCCAUGAAUACUAAAUUGAAACAAACAACAUUAGAAAGCUUAAAAAUAUCCCCAGAUCGUUUAAUAGAUUCUAGAAGGAAUACGAUGCAGAAUGAUACUUCACCAAUCUUGAGAAGAAAAAUUUUCAAUUACCCAGACUUUUUUUCACAUAUUAAUUGUACAUGUAUAUUAUGCCAACACGUACAAUAUCAGUAUUUAUUACUCGCUAGUACGCAUAUCAGAGCACAAUUAUAUGCAUUACAAAAUAACAUCGCAGCUUCGCUUGAACAUUUUCAUGGAGCUUUUAAAAUGAAACAAAAACUUUUUAAAGUAGAAGAAUCCACUUUGCCAAGAAACUUUUUGGAGGAGACUAAUAGCACAAAAAAGUUCUCUUGGCAAGCUCGUUUAUAUAUAACUGAUUAUAUACUUUUACUUUUGCAUUUUAGUUUUCUAUUGAAAGCUUAUAUAAAAUCACGAAAAGAUGAAGCUUUAAAGAUUGCUUUAAUAGCAGUUGAUAUAUGUGAGACACAGAAAAUAGAGAGUCAUCCGAUAUACAUAUCUGCUAAAGAAUUAGUAUAUAAAUAUCAAUUUGAGGAAGUUAUUACAGACCAGGAUUAUUCAAGCUUUACGGUACCAAAAACACCUGAAAUCGAUAUUAAUAAAUUUAUAGUUCAAGAAAAAGUAUCAUAUAAAAUGUGUCUCACUCCUGUUACUCAUAUUCAGCCUAAAAAUCCAAUAUCUAUUCAUCGCAAUAAAACGCCGCCGUUGUUAAAAUUGAAAAAAAUCAACAUAAAUUUGAGCGACGAAGAAAGUGAUAAUUCUCCUUCUAAAUUAGAAGAUGUGUGCCAAACACCAGUUUCUCGUACUAAAUUAGUAAGAAGAAAAAUUUUAGAAAAUGAAUACGUAGAAGAUACUAACAAGUCAAAUGAAAAAACAGAUGCAGAAAAAAUUGGAGAUAUUUCUGUAACAAAGAUUAUUACUAAAAUCGCUCCAUUAGUGCCAGAUAUUUCAGAUCAUUUAAACAAAAUUACGAAGAAGUUCGAUAUACCUGCAACGAACGAAACUGUAGAAAAAUUAUUUGAAAUGGUAGAUAAUUUGGAAAUAAGAUCGUGUACACGGCAAAGAAGAUUACGCAGUAAAAGUGCAUCACAUUCAAAUGAAUCAGCAUGUGAUACAGAAGUUAAGGAUUCAAUAGCAUUGUUUAAAAAAUUAGUUAUUUCAGAAGUUGAAACUAAUAAUGAUAUUUCAAAUGUGAAACAUACAAUGCCAACGAUCGUUAUUGAUAAUACUGAAGCAGCUGGAAUUUCUCAUAAAUCUAAGAGAACAAAGAAUACGUUUACAAAUGAAAACAAACCAUUAGAAAAAAUCACGUUAAAUAAUGAAAGUGACAUAUCUGAAAUGAGUAAAUCUCGGAGAAGAGUUACUAGAAGUACUAAAUCUACGAAAUCCACCACUGCUAUUAAAACAACUACUUCUAUAAAGAAAACAUCUUCUUUUAGAUGAAAUUUUUAGAAAAAAAUUUUACUGAAAAGAAAAAAAUAAACAGAAUUUACAUUCAAAUUAUAUUUUAUACAUAUUAUAGAAAACGAAUUCUUAUAGUAGUAGCUAUUAAAAAAAUGUAUGUUAAUUUUAUAUGAAUAAGAUAAAGUUGUACAAUUGAUUAUUAUUAUUUCUAGUAAUUUUUAUAUGUUAGUUAAUAAAAAACUUACUUCGA